AUGGCUUUCUUCGCCCUUCUAUGGAAGGCGCGAACAAUAGAAAAAUACAGACUAAACUAUGAAAGAGAAAAAAUCAAUUCUAUAGUGCUGGGAAAUACGCAGAUGGAACAGACAUUGUCCCAGAGAUGGAGCCACUAUAGACGCGAUACAACAAAACGGAUUUCAAGAACAUUCAAGAAGUGGUAUCCUGAAGGCAGUAGUGUUGCAAACUUUUUCUUAUAUUUACGAACGGAUCAAACAUUUCCGAAUUUUCUAUUGAAGAGUGUGAUGGGAUUUGUAGGAGGCAUAAUACUGACGUAUUUGUGCUUCAUGUUUUUCGUCUUCCAACUUUCUAUAUCUCUGAUUCACGCUACCAUUAUGAGUUCCAUUAUUGGAGUUCUUCUUACUUUGGGGUUGGCUUUCAGCUAUAGAAUAAGAUGCCUAGUCUUCCUACUGAUUCCCCAGUUCUUCUCCCGCGUCGGAAGGUACACGCUGACCUGUUAUGCCCUGGUACUCAUUCUGACCGGACCAGCUACAAAUACGUUGAAGAACUCUGAAGUUUUGUCUGAAUCUAUGGCUUGCUCUCAAGAACAAAUAAAAACAAGCGUGCAUCAGCUGAAUGAUCUGAUAAAGAAACCGUUUAACACAAUGAAAGACUCGCUGAAGGUGAUGGUGGACCGGCUGGAGAUGAUCACGGCGAAGGUGAAGGAGACAGUGGUGGAACUCGAUCGAUUGGUUCUUAGUAUUGUGAGCACCAUCCAAUCUUCGUUCUCCUGGUUGGAAUCCGUAGCAGACAUUUGCAACGCUCAACUUGGGACACCAUACGAGCGUUGCAACAAUGCCAUGAAUGAAGGUAUAUCUGACUGCAAGAAACACUUGGGCCCUGAUCUUUCAAAACUAUGUGACGUGGCCUUGGUGGCACAUGCCGCUUGCUACUCCGUCAAACCCUUUAAAGCCUUCUGUUACGCCACCGAUUUUAUGGACGAAGCUAUUCUGGCGAGCGUUAAGAAAAAACUAAGAAACUUCGGCGAGCAUCUCCGCGCGAUGUUCCACGUGGAAGUACACCUACACCAUUCGUACUCCUACAGCAGCAACACGAGCCGGUCUGCCAGUCAAGUGGCUGCCGGUAUCGUCACUGAGAUCAGGAAUAGAGCUGAUCCUCUUCUCACAUGGCUCUCUUGGAGUUCAUGUGUCACCAGCUUAUUCUUGCUGCUUAUUAUAUUCAGAGCCAAAUACUACCAACACAUGUACGAAACUCGGUCUCGUUUCGACAACCGUUACGUCACCAAGGAGUUGCAGGAGCUGGACUUGAAGAGACAGCGACAGGGCAGAGAGACCGUACUGCCUUUGAAUAGACGAGAACGAGCUAAGUAUAUCAAUACAACGUCUUUCCGCCUGGUGGCUUCAGAGAAAGUAUACUUGAAUCGUUCAGCGGUGUUCAUGGCGAUCACUACGCUUAAGCUGCUCAUACACAUGGUGGCUGACUACAGCCUCUACUGGGUUCUAAUGACCAUACGUUACCAUGGAAGGUAUCAGACGGAAUUGAUGCCUGGUAUCCCCCACUCAGGGGCUCACGUGUCUGGCAGUGGCUAUGUUGCAAGACUGUUCAGCUCUAUCAUAGGCAUCCUGGAUAUACCGCUGUCCUUCCCAGCUCCUUCACCCAUAACCUGCCUGCCUGAUCCUUACCCACCUGAUUUGCGAAGAUAUACACAGAUUGGAGUCCUCAUCUUCCUUCUAUGGUUUUUCGCGCUCUUCGAACCCUAUGGUCUUCGGCUGCGGCAUCUGAUCAUGGGUCAUUAUAGACCGGAGCGAGCUAAAGCUAGAGCUACCUGGUUAUACAACCAUAUAUUGAGGACUAGAGGAGCAUCGCUUACCUUCCGUCAAUGGGUUAUAGAUCACAUACCAGGUUCCUCCGACGAUAGCGACAGCGACCACAGCGAUCCAGGAGGACUGACAAUGAAUGAGAAUGUUCCUCUGCUCUCCAUGAAGGAAGUCACUAGAAGAAAUCUGAGAAAAUCAUCCCACAGCUAUGAUCAACGUUGGCAAUUUUUCAAAGAAACUUGUCCGGGAGAUUUAUUUGAUGCCGUCGAUUUACCUAGUAACAAUAACGAACAUGGAUCUUCGGCUCCCAACAUUCUUAGAAGAUUCCAUAGCCUGACCAGUAAUUUAAGAAUACUUUACAAGGAAAAGCAAUAUACCCUCGACUGGGUAACAAAAGUUAGUUCAGAAAACACGUACAACGUCGUUAUGCCUGAAGAAAAUAAUGACGACUUUGAUUCAAGUUCUUUCGAAAUGGAAGACAUUUUCAAUGAAACUAGAUCUGUCGGAGUUAAUACUGAUAGAAAUCGUGAUAAUGCAGACUUCUCAGACAAGAAAAAAAAGAAAAAGUUAAAGAACAAGAAACCGAAACGACAAAGAAAACCAAAAGAUGUAAAGAAAAUUAAAAAGAAAGGAUCUCGUCAAGGAAUCAACGAAAUCCAAACAUUCUUUUCUACUCGCUGGAACAAUUUUAAGUGCAGUUUAAUGAAACCGAAGAGACCAGACAGUCCAACGGCUAAAGAGAAGAAAAAUCAUAAAAGAAGAAAAAAGCGGAAAGGUUGUAUUCGAGAAGUUGAAGAAACUGACACUACUGAGUGUUUCGGAAAAAAAGAUAUUAAACAGACGAGAAAUCUUCGGAUAUCAGCAUUUCUAGCUGAAUUGGAGUGGAGUAAAAAAGAAUAUAGGAAGGAGAAGGAAACUGGAGUAAAUAAAGAUACGUUUUCAUUUCCCGAUGGCUCACAGCGGAUUACUACUAACAAGAUAAUAGGCAUGGUUCACCUUAAGAAUUUACCAUUCCAAUGGCGAGAGGCGCCAAAACAGGACCAUCACUGCGACUGCCAAGACAAAAAAUGUUCCUGUCCAGAAAAAUCUGACAAAUGCAUGAAAAUAUUUGGUCGUUUGUCCAAAUUUUCAGGAAGAACGAACAAUAAUAAAAAAAUAGAGAAGUUCCGCAAUAAAAUAAGUAGUAUGGAUGCUCCUUCGAGUUUGAUGGCAAAAAUGUUGAGCACUAUCAACGCUAAGCGGGAAAAUAGUACCGCAGAGAUAGAGAGCUCAAUCUGCAUAGCAAAACGAGAGAGUUUUUACAGGCAGGUCACCAAGGAAGUUCUUCCAAAUGAAAAACAAUUGGAUACGGAUAUGCUAUUCAAAAAUGAAAAUUUCAUUUCUGAUUACAACCCGUUAUAUCUCACAGCAAACAUGCAAAGUGUUUGGACUCAUCAGUGGUCACUAGUCGAUGCCGAUGCGACUUUUACGAUGACCUGCAAAGGAAAUGGACACAUGUUAAGAGGUAUUGUUGAGCGUCCAGAUUCACCACCUGCAGAUAAGGUUAAAAUUGCAGUCGAAAAAAGAAGAUCGAAAUCAACACCAGUAAAAACUGAUCAGUCAGAAGUUGGUGAGUAUCCAAAAUCACAGCCUCCAUCGAAAGAUGACGUCGUGAUUGAAAAACCAACUGGGAGAUCGGCAGCGGUAAAACCUAAACACUCAGGAGAUGUUGAUAGUCCAGAGCCACAGUCACCACAGUCGCCACAGUCGCCACAGUCUCCAAAAAAAGACGACAAAGUAGUUGAAAAAAAAGUUGUGAAAACUGCACCAAAAUCUUGCCCCUCAGGAGUUGUUGAGUGUCAAGAGGAACCGUGCCCAACUAAAGAGGAAUGCAUGAUUGGAAAAACGAAAUCGAAGACUUCAGCGCGCAAAAUUGGAGCUAUUGAACGUUCAGGGACACAGUCUCCAACUAAAGAUGAGAUUGAUACAACAAGAAAUAAACAAAAAUAUGCCGCACGAAGACCUGCGAAUCGAUCAAUAAAUGCUAAGCCUGACACAGCAAGUGGAAUAUGUCAAGUGAACGGCUCCUGUACUUUAUGCAAUCGCUCCGUCUCACGCGUGCACAAACCUCCUAGAUGCACCAAUUGUGUUAAUGCUGCCGUAGGAUCUUCUUUGCAGAAUUUGUGUGACGAAGGAAUUCAAGGCGUUCCACAGGACACGUGCACUUGUGCCACCCAGCACGAAUUGCCGUAUGACACUCGGAAUAGAAAGAGAAAAUCGACUACAAUUAAGCCUCUCCUGGUCAGCUCCUUCACUCUAGGCGACGAGUAUCCUAUCACAACAAAGAAGAAUGAACAUAAACGUAGCUCGCACACGGCAAGACAAUCAGCCGAAGUUUUCACAGACCCAGAGACGGACACAUCAAUCAGUUCCAUAUCAUUUAGAAGCGAUGAAACCAGGACAGACACAACAAUAUGUAGCAUAGCCACCGUCGACUACGAAAACUCUCCAAGACGCAGAAAAUUUCGUGUAAAAGUAUUCACAAAAACCAAUCAAGCCACCCUUACAGACAAAACUAAACUCUGUGACACAGGCACUGUGACUCAAGAUUGGUGGAGCCCCUUAGUGGAAAGAAAGAGUGAAGAAAUUAUUCAGGAUAAAAAGAAAGGGUUGGUUGAGAAGCAGAAGAAUAAUAAGGAGCCGAAGCAAUGGAAAGAAUUGAAGUUGAAGAAGAAGAGAAGAAACUGCGGUGUGACGACUGAUGGUAGGAUCGUUACUUUUAGGAGUAGGACGCAGAUUAUACCUGCGGGUUUCGCACCUGGCGCCAAUGAUAUCAUGUCUCCAUCGCGUUAUCUUCUUGAAUCUCAAAGGUAUUAUAACGAACUCUUCGCAUACAACUUUGUUCCUGCUCAAAUGGACUUGAACCACGUCUCCCAAAACCAAAAGGAAAAGGAGAAGCUACGAUCCCCCUUGGGCACCAGAAGAAAUCCGGAAUUGCGGGUCAAGCGCAAUAAGGUACCUGUAUUCGCUUUAAUAAGUAACAAAGUAUCUUGCAAAAGUAAAAGUUUAUCUAUAUGGGAUGUAGCCUGCCACUCAGAUCCUGGCCUAAUCAGAGACGAGAGCACGGCUGACGAAGCAGCUGAUUCUUACCACAAAUUCCUUCAAGACGUGGCUGUGGCCAAAGGCCUAGGCUUGGACUUCUACAGAUUCUCUAUAUCAUGGACCAGAGUCCUGCCUAACGGGUUCGCUGACAAAAUAAAUCACAUCGGCAUGAAUUACUACAAUGACCUGAUAGAUAAACUUGUGUCAAACAAUAUCAUUCCUAUGGUAACAAUAUACCAUUGGGAUCUCCCGGAUAAUCUGCAGAAAAUAGGCGGUUGGGCCAAUCCUGCAAUAGUUGACGUGUUCGUUGACUAUGCGAAGUUUCUGUUCAUAGGAUUCGGUGAAAAAGUGAAGUAUUGGAUUACUUUGGAUGACCCUAGAGAAAUAUGUGUUGGUGGAUAUGGAUCAGCACAAAAGGCUCCGUUUGUGAAUAUUUCUGGUGUAGCUGAGUACAUGUGCACUCGUAACGUUUUGUUGGCUCAUGCAAAAGCAUAUCAUAUUUACGAUGAAAACUUUAGGAAAUUGCAAAAUGGCAGCGUUGGGAUCUCUCUUGGGUUCACGUGGUAUGAACCUGCGUCUGACACACUGGAGGAUCAUCAAGCUGCACAAGAUGCCAGGCAGUUUGAGUGGGGCUUAUACGCACAUCCAAUAUUUUCAAAAGCCGGUGACUACCCAAAAGAAGUGAAGAAAAACAUAGCAUACAAGAGUGCAGAACAAAGCUUCCCUAGAUCUCGGUUACCAGAACUUACUCCAGCAGAGGUAGCUCUGGUCAGAGGAUCAGCAGACUUCCUAGGUGUCAAUGCUUUUACUACGAAGCUAGCGUAUAGGGAUGCGUCUUUGGAAGGCAUGUAUCCCGUUCCCUCAUUCCUGGAUGAUAUGGGAGCAGUGCUGGUCAAAGAUCCCUCUUGGACACAAUCAGAAAGCAGUUGGCUGCAGGAAGUACCGUGGGGAUUUAACAAACUUUUUAACGAAAUAAAAUCCUUGUAUGAUAAUCCACCGGUUUAUGUCACUGCUAAUGGCUGGUCUACAGCCGGUGGACUACUUGACGAAGACAGGAUAAACUAUAUGAGGACCUAUCUUAAUGCCUUACUGGAUGCGGUAUAUGAAGGUUGUGACAUCAAAGGAUACAGUGUUUGGUCUCUUAUAGACACUUUUGAGUGGCGAAGCGGAUAUUUAGAAAAGUUCGGCCUAUAUGAAGUGGAUUUUUCAAGUUCACAGAAGACGCGAACUCCAAGAAAAUCCGCGUUCAUUUACAAGGAAAUGAUCAAGUCCAAAAUUUUGAACCCAGAUUUCGAACCGGAAAAAUUCAUCGUUGAAGUGUCUAGGGAUGUUCCUGAAAAAGAUAAUGCCAACAAUGAUGUCUUGUGA